AUGUCCAUUCCAGAACACCCGGCUGACCCUGGCCCAUUCAGUGCACAGCACGGCUACAAUGAUAUCCAGAUCAAGACCCAGAAAUAUCUGGACAAGCCAACUCCACUUGCUCGUAAGGAAGGUAAAGCUCAAGAGUUCAUCAAUUCCAAGACAGACCGGGAGCACCAGAAAAAAUACGGAAAGAAGCUAUUCAACUUUCUCAUCAAUGCUGCGUGUCGAUGA